UUAUUUGUUGCUCCAAACCACUAAGCUCACUCGUGUCAGCCGAGCAAAACUUAAGCAGCCAUGGCUGAAGGUCGUCAGCUCGAAGCCCAGAGCGUCGUCGUCCCUACAGCCACCGGAGACAAGGGAGACGACAUCCUCUCGUCGCUUCCGACGAGGGAAGGAUGGUGGACGACGUUCGUCCUCUACGACGGCUGCUGGAUGGACCGGCAGGCAGCGAUGAGCGUGUCGCUGGUUCGUGCCCAGUUCGUGCCACGCGACGACGACGUGCUCCUCGCCACCUACCCAAAGUGCGGCACCACCUGGCUCAAGGCGCUCUCCUUCGCCAUCGCCAACCGCCACCGCCACCCCGUCGUCAGUGCCGGCCACCACCCCUUGCUCACCCAAAGCCCGCAUGACCUCGUGCCGUUCAUCGAGCUGCCCUUCCGCCAUAUCCACCCGCUCGCGGCGGCCCUCGAUGCGAUCCCCUCCCCGAGGCUGCUGGGCACCCAUAUGCCGCACCAUCUGCUUCCCCCGCGCAUCGGUUGCCGCAUCGUCUACCUGUGUCGAGAGCCCAAGGACGUCGUCAUCUCCACGUGGCACUUCAUGAACAAGGUAAUAGAAGGAUUCUCCAUUGAUUUCGACAAGGCCUUCGAGCUGUUUGUCGAUGGGUGCUCCCCCUUCGGGCCGAUCUGGAACCACUACCUAGGUUACUGGAACAAGCACGUCGAGGAGCCCGACAGAGUUCUCUUCCUCAAGUACGACGACAUGAUGGCCGACCCGGCCGGCCACGUCAAGAAGCUCGCCGAGUUCCUCCGCGUCCCGUUCACCGACGAUGAGGUCGACGCCGGCGUCGUCGAGGAGGUGGUGAGGCUGUGCAGCUUCGAGAAGCUGAGCCGCCUACCGGUGAACUCCUCUGUGGUGGCUGGUCGGGUCGGCGUCGACGAGCGGCCAAUGAAGAACUCGGUGUUUUUUAGGAAGGGUAAAGUGCGGGACUGGAAGAACUACUUGACCGAAGAGAUGGCCAAGAAAUUAGAUGCCGCUAUCGAGGAGAAGCUGAAAGGAUCUGGUCUCACCUUAUGAUUAGCUUAAUCUAAUAUCGUUAUGUUGUUUCUUUUAAUGUAUGCUCUCGGUGUGUCUUGUGUACAAGUACAAUAAUCUUCACAAUGCCUUGUAAUUAUGCUAUGUCCAAUUGUAUGCACCAUUGUACAAGAGUUGGAAAUAUUAUAUUCCUGCAAUAAAAUGUGAUCUUUCUUUGUGUUCUUUUUGUAGGAAACCUCAAAAAAGGGCAUGAGCUCUCACAAUUUCACUAUGUAAGAAGAGAGUUGAUCCAGUUUAUGAGGAAAACCGGAUCUAAAACUCUUACAACAACACGGUUUUAUAAGGAAAACUGGCGAAAACUCUGACAUUGUCAUAGUAAGCUAUCCACAUGGACCAAACAAACUAAGCUUAAGACCAACUAUCUAACAAGGGAAAUUCCUAAGAUGAAGCUUCAAAAUGAACCAAGUCCAUAGGACAACAACAACGUCCGAUCCAUAAAGAAUCUAAGGUUCUCACGCGGAGAGAGACCCCUAAGCUAGAGGAAGGCCCUAUAGCAACGCUUCCAAGAAAGUGAACGGUUCCCAAGAGCAUCAUAGUCGCUAGCUCUGGCAAGCCGAGCAAGGCUUUCGCCCCAGGAUUACAUCCAACCACCAAAACCACGAGGAAAGCUACACAAUAUCGUCUGCACACCUAAAACCACCUUCACAGCCAAUGUCCUUGCCUCGAAGUCCAAACACCGCAAAGCCAUAGCUAGCCACCACACCACAGAACAAUGCUCCUCACGAUUGGAAGGGGAGGAGCCUUAUGCACAAGCGGUCUGGGCACAAGCGGCAACGCUUGGCCCGACACCAAGCACCGACCGGCCAGCCAUGCUGCCACCUGUACCUGCACCGCAUGGAGGACGACCGGGCAUAGUUGGAAAUAUCGGCAGAGAGAUGACAACACCGCCAGACAGCCACGCUCCCGAGCGACCAUUUUGUUGCCACCGCCUCAAGGGAUCUAGGCCUCUUGCGUCGGAUCCUCGCUGGGGGAACACCAGAUCUGGACGUUGGGGUGCUAGAUUCAGCUGCCCCCCUCGCCGCUGCCUGCCGGUCCGCUGCCAAACGCACUGUCGAGCUCUUGCUCUCCUUCACCUACCCCGCCGCUAGCAAGUCUCGCCACUGGAACCGGUCGGGAUGUCUGGAUCUGGCCGGUGCAGCGCUCCCCCCGCUGCAUCGAUGCCCCUCACGCUGUCACGUCAUUUAGGGAGAAAGAGAACCCCACCACCGCCGUCCUUGCAGCCUGCCGGUAAGCCAACCUGUUUAGGCGGCGGCGAGGUGGGCGUGAGGAGGGAGGGGAGCGGUGGCUGGUGGAUGGGCGCAGUUCGCGUCGCCCCUAGGACUGGAGCGACCCGGACGGGAGACUGGACUAGCGAGCUAGGACGACGGCGCUUGGUGUGGUGCGUUCUUUCGCCAUCUGGACGGCCGGUGGUGGCUGGAGAUAGGAGGCAGCGUCCCGGAACAAAUGUCAGCCACUAUCUGCCAGACCUUUCAGGGCUCUAACUCCAGCUUACCGUGCAGUAGAAUGAACGUCAGUUCUUGGUCCUUCUUCAUACUUCCAAGCUGCAUAAACGUCACAAAUAGAACAGCACACUUGUUAUUUUCGUACUACAGUCACAGUUUUGUGUUAGUGCAACAACUAUGUCAGCCAAUUGAGCUGACAAAUGAAGCAUACAAAAUAGUGUGUAAGCUCAUUAAAGAGGGGAUAUUUUCUGUUAAAUACUUUUACAGAGCUGAGCCAUC